AUGGCGGAUAUGGUUGCAUUCGGCCCUCACCGAAUGGGCCUGAGCUUAGAAUUGCUCCGGGUGCUUACCGCCGGCGACACGGUCGGUUUGGCAGAGUUGCUGCGAAGAGAAAAGCAAACAAAUGGCCAAGUGGCGAUAACCGUCCAGGCCGCGGUGGCACCGGGCGCAGUGCCUCCGCCGCCGCCGCCGGGAACGAGCUGCCUCCAUGGCGUGACCAGCAAUGGGAAUACAGCGUUGCAUCUGGUCGCCAGCCGCGGCCACGCCGAGCUCGCGGCACUCAUCUGCGACAGGGCGCCUUCGCUCGUCGCCACGCGCAACAAGUGCCUGCACACGCCGCUGCACUGUGCGGCGAAGUCCGGGAGCAGGGACGUGGCCGCCAGCAUCUUGGCCACGAUGCGGACUACUGGAGCGGACGCGCAGAUGGCUCUGCGCGCGAGGAACUGGACGGGGGCCACCGCCCUGUAUGAAGCUGUCAGGCACGGCCAUACCAGGGUGGUGGAUCUGCUGAUGAAAGAAGCUCCCGAGCUGGCUUCUCUCGCAACUGAUGGCGGUUUCUCACCGUUGUACUUGGCGGCCUCAAUUAACUCGCGGCAGAUGGUCCAGUCACUUCUACGACCGUCGCAAGAUGGGACGCAAUCGCCGGCGUCUUUUUCCGGUCCGAAGGGACGGACUGCUUUACACGUUGCAGCAGCUAGUAUCCAAGAAAUACCUCGAGAAUUACUGAAAUGGGAACCUGUUGGUCCAAGUUUGCUUACUGAAGUUGAUUCAUCAGGAAGAACACCUCUUCAAUAUGCAGUACUGUAUGGAAGACUCGAUGUUGUUGACCUAUUCCUAGAUGGUCAUACAUCUGAGCAAUCUCGCAUUCCAGAUAACCAUGGCUUAUUUCCAGUGCAUACUGCUGCUAUGAUGGGGAGUUCAAGGAUUAUUGAUGAGCUCAUAAAGAAAUGCCCGAAUUACUAUGAACUGGUUGAUGAUAGAGGAAGAAAUUUGCUUCAUUGUGCUGUUGAACAUAAUAAGGAAACUGUGGUUCGCCACAUCUGCCAGGACGAGAAGUUCGCGAUGCUGCUAAAUGCGACAGACGCUGAUGGAAACACGGCGCUGCAUUUAGCUGCCGAACACGGAUUUCCACGGAUCUUCAGUUUACUGCUGCAGGUAAUGACUGUGGAUAUAGGCAUUACCAACAAGGAUGGCCUCACUGCAGGAGAUCUUGGUUACCGUGCGAAGCAAUGCGGAAGAGUGUACUAUAUCCUGGAUCCAUGCGCUGUUCUUUUCCGUUGUCUGUGGUGGUCUGGAGUUACCAAUACCCUUACUUUAGAUGGAGUUCACCCCUUGCAUGUAGACAAGAAACUCGCUGAUUUGUUUCAAAACAAAAUCGAAGCAACUGAGGAUGAACCGUACAACGAGAAAGGAAAAACUGGAACCAUUGGAUCAGUCCUGAUCGCCACUGUGGCAUUCGCGGCAGCAUUCACCGUGCCGGGGGGGUUUAUCGCCGAUGACCACCCAAAUGCGGGGACGGCGAUACUUGCGAAAAAGUUCGCCUUCAGAGCAUUUGUGGUGUCAGACACCAUGGCCUUCGCCAGCUCCAUCAUAGCAACCUCCUUCCUUAUAUACGGUGCAAGAGAACAAAUCCCCCGCAAUCAUCGUUCCCGCUAUAACGCAGUGGCAUCUGGGUUGGUGCCGGUGGCAUGGCAGUUUUUGAUUGCCGCGUUUGCUUUUGCAUCUCAUCUGGUGCUGGGUCACACCAAUCGUGGCCUUAUUGUCUUUGUGUACACGGUGUGUUUGGCUACAGUGCUAUUAUGCACCCCCGGAAUUUGGCUUCCCAUGCAGCAGUAA